AUGAAUUCGAAAUAAAAACGUGGACCACGUUCAACAUUAGGUUAUGAUGAUAUUGUUGCAUAUAAUAAUGUUAUUUUAUAUACUGAUGUUCUUAGACCAAUUUUACAUAUUUGUACAUUAACAAAUUCAAAUCCUUGUAUGAAUAUCUCACUUAUAUUUCCUUCACCUCAACGAUCAAUAUUACCACUUCGUCUAAGUAUUAUUCAAGUAUCAAAUCUUCGACCGCCAAUAUUCGAUGAUGACGAUGGUAUUGAACUUCAUAUAAAUGAAUCUACUACUAUUCCGUCACCAUUAGCUCUAUUGAUUUCGAAUAAGACAACUGAAUUACCGCAUCUUAUCAAUGAUACUUCAACUAAACCUUAUGUACAUAAAGAAAUAAGUGCAAGUAACAUUUGGAUGCUAAUACUUGGAAUUUGCAUUGGUUUAGUUCUUGCUGGUGUAUCUUUUUUAAUUUAUUAUAUUAUACGGAAUAAAAAUCAAUCAAAACUGAAAAAACAAUUUGUAACAAUAGAUCGAAAGUCGUCAUCAACAAAAACGAGUAAAUCAGGACGUACACCACUUCUUGAAAGUAAUCGAACAAAUGAAGUUAAAACAAAAACUGAAUCAUCAAAUUCACCAUUAUCAGGUUCAUCUGUAACUGAAUCAAAUACAGAAAGUUCAAGUGAACUAACAACAAUUACAAGUAGUUCAUCGAGUUAUCGGCCAGAUAUAAUUCUUUAG